GAUCCCAUCUCCCCCCGCCCUCUGGCAGCGGGAAGCCAGUCCCUGUGUCCUUGUCCCAAGCCCCUCUCCAUCCCUCCUGGAGGCCCUUCAUGCCCUGGGAGGGUCUCCAGGGCGUCCCUCACGCCUCUCCCCUCUGCUGCCCCGCAGGACAUCCGGAACACGGUGGGAAACAUCCCCAUGGAGUGGUACCAGGACUUCCCCCACAUCGGCUACAACCUGGACGGCAAGAAGAUCUACAAGCCCAUCCGGAACAAGGACGAGCUGGACAUGUUCCUGGAGAAGAUGGAGAACCCAGAGUACUGGAGGACGGUGCAGGACAAGAUGACGGGGGCGGACGUGACGCUGACGGACGAGCAGGUGGAGCUGGUGCAGCGGCUGCAGAAGGGGCAGUUUGGGGACGUCAACUUCGACCCCUACGAGCCGGCCAUCGACUUCUUCACGCACGAGGUGAUGAUCCACCCGGUGACCAACCGCCCCGCCGACAAGAGGAGCUUCAUCCCCUCCCUCAUCGAGAAGGAGAAGGUGUCCAAGCUGGUCCACGCCAUCAAGAUGGGCUGGAUCAAACCCCGCAAGCCCAAGGACGACACCCCCACCUACUACGACCUGUGGGCCCACGAGGACCCCAACUCCAUCCUGGGCCGCCACAAGAUGCACGUGCCGGCCCCCAAGCUGAGGCUGCCCGGGCACGAGGAGUCCUACAACCCCCCCCCAGAGUACCUGCUCAGCGAGGAGGAGAGGUUGGCCUGGGAGCAGCAGGAGCCCGGGGAGCGGCGUUUGAACUUCGUGCCGCGGCAGCACCGCUGCCUGCGGGCCGUGCCCGCCUACCCCCGCUUCAUCCACGAGCGCUUCGAGCGCUGCCUCGACCUCUACCUGUGCCCCCGGCAGAGGAAGAUGAGGGUCAACGUGGACCCCGAGGAUCUGAUCCCCAAACUGCCCAAACCGAGGGAUCUGCAGCCCUUCCCCACCACCCAGGCCCUGAUCUACCGUGGCCACACGAGCCUCGUGCGCUGCCUCAGCAUCUCCCCCAGCGGGCAGUGGUUGGUGUCAGGUGAGGAAUGGAUCCCUGGAUUGGGAAUGGAUCCCUGGAUUGGGAAUGGAUCCCUGGAUUGGGAAUGGAUCCCUGGAUUGGGAAUGGAUCCCUGGUCAGGAAUGGAUCCCUGCGUGGUGAGCGACACGAGCAGCAGGCAGGUGCUGAUCCACCAGAGCAGCAAGCGCUGGAGCCAGGCCCCGUUCCGCAGGGCCAAGGGGAUGGUGCAGUGCGUGCGCUUCCACCCCACCCGGCCCUUCUUCUUCGUGGCCACCCAGCGCUGCGUCAGGGUCUACAACCUGCUCAAGCAGGAGCUCACCAAGAAGCUCAUGAGCAACUGCAAGUGGGUGUCCAGCAUGGCCAUCCACCCCGGAGGUGACAACGUGAUCUGCGGCAGCUACGACAGCAAACUGGCCUGGUUUGACCUGGACCUGUCCACCAGACCCUACCAACUGCUCAGGCACCACCGGCGUGCCCUGCGUGGCGUGGCCUUCCACCGGCACUACCCGCUCUUCGCCUCCGCCUCCGACGACGGCUCCGUCAUCGUCUGCCACGGCAUGGUCUACAAUGACCUCCUGCAGAACCCGCUGCUGGUGCCCGUCAAGGUGCUCAAGGGCCACGCCCUCACCCUGGACCUGGGGGUCCUGGACGUGCUUUUCCACCCCACCCAGCCCUGGGUGUUCUCCUCGGGCGCCGACGGCACCGUCCGGCUCUACACGUAGCUCGUCCCGAGGGGUCCCGGCCCUGCUCC